GUUUAGAUUUUAUUGUUCUGCAUUUGGGACAAUGCAUUUAAGGACAUACAGGCUCAAAGCGAGAGUCAUAAUAAUAAUAAUAAUAAUGAUAAUAAUAAUAAUAACAAUAAACAAUACUGUAUCUGGAUCAGUAAAGCAACCAAAAGCCAUCAUUACAUUCAUUCCAGAAAACUGUGACAUGGUCACCAAUAUAUGCAUCUUUAUUAUCUAACUAAAUUGAUAAGUCCUAGUUCUAAGUGACCUUUUAAAUGACAUAUUUAAAGCUCUAAUUCCUGACCCCCCACUUCUUAAAAACAUGAAACUGGGUACAAUUAUGGGUAAUUUUUAUCCUGAUCUUUAUCUUGGCACCGGGUUACAGUCAGCAGUUGUGCCGGGAAAGACAGAGAAGCAGUUAAAAAGAGAUGCACACAGUCACAUAUACAAACACGACAACACAAAUAUACAAAGGGAAACUUGGAAGUUCCCACUCAUUUUAAUCAAAAGAACUCACCCGGAAAUGUCGUUCCCCAGGGGGAUCUGUUUGUUUUAGUACAGAUGUCACAUGAUAACUAAAAUAUUGUUAGGUUAGGGCAGCUGACAUUUUGUCUGGUAACUGGGUAACAGUCAACCUAAUUCAGCCUUUAACUGCAAGUAUGAACAUGUUUUAGUGAACACACACUUCGCUAUCGGUACUAACAGAUUUUUUUUUUUUAAGCCCUCAACAGAAAUGGCAGAAAUGGUCUCAGUGGACAGGUGGCUGUCAGGAAGUCAUUCUUAAGGAAGGGAAACAUGGAGAAAAGGCUAAGGUAUGCAGAACUACACAAGAACUGCACUGAUGAGUGUACAAGUGUAAAAUUUUUGGAGUCUCUGUCAUGGUUUGGAGGUGAAUUUUAGCCAGUGGUGUUGGAGAUCUGUCAAAACUGAUACAAUUUUUCAUGCAUAAAAAUACCACCAGGUUUUGAUCCACCAUUAAGUACCACCUGAAAAGCAUAUGCUGCCUUGUUCCGCUUUACAAUGUCAUGGAUUGGCCUCCCCAGAGCCUCAACAUUACUGAAGCAGUGUGGGAUCAUCUAAAGGGUGCCAGCAUGCAAAGAAGAGCUUUAAAUGUCCUAAAGCCUGAAGAACUAUUCCUGAAGACUACCAAAAAUUUGCCUAAGAGAAUUCAGGCAGUGUUGAAAAAUAGAGGUGGUCAUAACAAAUGUUGACUUUCAAGGUCAUUAGAAUUGUACAAACUCUGUUUUUGCCUUAGAUACUGUACGUCCAUACAUUUUUGCGUGCAUUUCAAUUCAAUAACUUGUUCCACCCAUUUCCCCCUUUUCCAAAAAGUAAAUAUGAAGGGUGGUCUGAGACUGUUGCACAGUACUGUACAUGCUAAAUGAGCUUAACCAUUGCAAAUAGACCUCAUUUUGGCCAAAAUGUCCCUUGAGCCCUACUGCUGCUUGUAGACAGCAGGCCUACUGAACAAGAUAAAGUGUAAUUAGGAGAGGCUUAAUGGCCGAGGGAGGGAUCCGCAUUAGAGCUGCACGUCCACCAUGCAAAUGACUCCCUAGAACACAAACUGUAUAUUUUGUGUUUUGAAAUGAACUUCAGGAUUCAGAGAUAUUUACCACAAUAUUAAUGAUUAUAACUUGCAAUCUUACAGCAGUUUUUUGCAGUUAUGCUCACUGAACCCUGUUUUUUAAAGUCAUUCAUUUAUUUGUUUUCAUUAAUGAUUUAUUUUCCUUUGUGAGAUGCUGUUGUACCCAUGAAUAUUUUCUCCAUUUUAGCACAAGGUUUGUGCAAAGGAUUUACAAGCAUGCAUGGUAUAAUGGUGCGUCAUUGUGUGCUUUGGCCUAAUGUUGUGCAGUUACUGUUUGCUGAUUUGUCGUCCACAAAGUUGCAUGUAAAAUGAAAGCAGGUCAACAUUUGGUCAGUUGCACUCUUUUAUGUGCUCAUAGGGGAGAAAGGGAGGCAAAAGAGGAGGGGAUAUCACAGAUCUUCAGAGGCAGAUAGAGAGGUUCUGUAUACACAAGUAGCAAUACAAACAGGAGAUCCAGGCUUGAUAAGAAAAUUAAGGGAAAGGGUGCAACUCAAAUAAGCCGAAAUUCAUACACCAACGGACGAAUGAGUCUCUCUUGCGUCCUCAUGAAAGCGCUCUUGUUGUCUCUUGGAGAACAACAGAGGAAGAUGAAUGUCGAGGGACGGCUACGGAGACACAUCAUUUGGAUAUUCAGACAGGCAUUCUUUGGAUUUUCUCAUCAGAUUUGGAUACAGGACUAAACACAACCUGUCAAAAAUUGUAAGAAUUUUCCCUUUGUCUGAGGCUGUGAGCUUCUGGCACCCAGACAAGAUACCGGUGGACUUUUGGAUCAAACACGGCUUGUCAUUUUAGAUGUGAGGGACAAACGCUACACCCUAAGGCAAUUGCAGGUUACGGUGCAGCGAGAACACCCAGAGGUGGUUGAAAAAUUGUGACUUGGGUGUGUGAGUUAUGCGCUUCUGUGGUGGACAAGUGAGGCAGAGCAUCCACAGACAUUCAGAUGGAUACAGAGUGUUUGUGAGGUGGUUGCUGAAUGCACAGUGAGAAGACAAGGAACGAUUUAAGUUUGGCUUUUAUGUGAAAGAUCAGGACUUUGCAUCAAGACAUCUGGAAGAACCUUAUUCUGUUUUUUUCUAAUAUGAAAAAGAAGUUUUCACCUUGGAGUAGCCUCUUCUUAAGCAGGAAAAAGUAAGUAUAGGUCAUCAAGGUAAUGCUAUUGGAUUUUUACUUUUGAGUUACAGGCAGCUUCGAAGGAUCAAUGAAGGAGCUGGAACAAUCCAAAGAGCUGACCUGGGAUUUUGACCAAUCCUGGAGUUCAUUCCUAACACCAGCUGCACGCCUCUGUCUCAACACCUUGGAUUUUUCCGACCUCUGGGAUGAGGAAGACAGCACAGAGGAUGAGGGAACCCUAACAACUAUCAAAUCAUCAAUAUGCCUCCAAGGACCUCCGGCACCCCCUCCUCUUCCUCCCCCACCUCCCCUCCUCCUUCUCUGGCCUCACCUUUGCCCUCUGCUUCACCUAAAGAUGGUACCGUUAAGUCUCGCACUUUGAAGCUUCACUGGAGGGAGCUGCAGAAUCUGGCACCGCUCCCCAGGAUGACACGCUUUGGGACUCAGACCAUUUGGGCCGGACUCGAGCCGGUGAAUUUGGAUAAAAACCAUCUGGAGUAUUUGUUUAAGUCUAAAGCCAACAGCAGCAGUCUGAACAUUGUAUCGGGACGGCAGCAGCCAUCGAUAUCGGUGUUGGGAGUGAAGCGCAGCAACAUCAUAACUAUUGCCCUGAGCAGCUUGCCCCCUCCUCGCCUCCUCCCCCCUGCUAUCUACAGCAUGGACAGCUGUGUGUUAGAAAGAGAAGACAUUCAGCGUCUUCAAGCACUGAUCCCGACUGAAGAGGAACUCUGCCUGAUCAAAGAGGCCAAGGCCCAGAACCCUAAUGCCUCUCUGGCACCAGCUGAGCUUUGCCUCCUCACUUUGGGGGAAAUCCCCCACUUGAGCACCAGGCUUCAGCUUUGGGCCUUUGCUCUGGAUUACGACUCCUUGGAGAGGGAAAUUGCUGAGCCUCUCUUCCAUCUGAAGUUGGGCAUGGAACAACUGGCAGCCAGCCAGACCUUCAAGUACAUCCUGGCGACAGUCCUAGCGAUCGGUAACUUUCUCAACGGAUGUAAGGCCCGUGGUUUUGAGCUGAGUUACCUGGGGAAGCUGUCUCAGGUAAGGGACACACACACUCGACAGCCCCUGCUGCACCACGUCUGCGUCUUACUGCUGCAGCUCUAUCCGGAAUCCUCUGACCUCUACUCGGACAUCACCGCGGUCACUAAAGCUGGAAAGUGUGACUACUGCCAAGUCCAGUCCAACUUUACCCAGCUGGAGAGCCUGUGCAAAGCAUCAUGGGAGCAGGUGAAGCUGCUGAAUAAAGCUGACGAAAAGAGGAAAGGAGGAAAGGGGGAAAGGAUGAAAGGGAUAGGUGAUGAGGCCCUGGCCCCGGACGGUUCGCUCCGUCACAGGCUUCCGAAGAUUCUGAAAGAGUGUGAGGAAAGGCUGAAAGUCCUAAGAGCUGUCCAUCGUAGGGUUAUCAAUAGGUUCCACUCUUUUCUCCUCUUCCUUGGCUACUCCCGGGCCAUGGUGAGGGAUACCAAACCGGAGGACUUCUGCAAAACCAUCAGUAACUUUUCCCUGGAGUAUAGGACCAUGCAACAGACCAUCCUACUGCAGAGAGAAAGAGAGCGGGAGCGACAGAAAAAUGCGACUGAAAGCCCGGGUCCAAACACCCCUGUAGGAAAAAGAAAAAAUCAACAAACUCCAUCAAAGGACAAUGAUGAGCAGGGUAGGCUGGAGGAGGUACUGAGAACACCCGAGUCCAUGUCAAGAUUGGAUGUCACUUUGCCUCGAAACCGGAAGAGGAUGGCUGACCUCCAAGGUGCAUUUUCUCGGAAAAUGAAGUGGUGACCCUGCCGACAUAUGCAGAAGCAAUGUGUGAUUGUUAUUAAUGACAUUGUUGUUACACUGCAGCUUUACAUUUGGAGCACUAUACCAGUAAGAAAUUGACAAGCGCAUGAGAUUUCACAUGCCAUUCAAUGAUAAUCAUGAUUAGCUUAGAUAAAAUAAUGGUUUUGAUCAAAUACAAAAAAAGUAUUCAUUUCUAACUCUGUCUUAAUGGAACUAAUUCAAAUAAACUACAACUUGAACAAUCAAGUGGAUCAAAUCUAUUGUGUAUACAUCAUAAAAAAGAGAAAACAUUGACUGAAUUUUCCAUAUUAGCUCCUUAAUAAAAAAUAAAUAAAAGGAAAGACUCAAAAUAGAGACUGGCAAGCGUGUCUGUUUUUAGGACUUAACACGUGCUUCUCUCAACCAGUAAAACACUACAGCUGUGCCUCGGUUUCGGGUUAAAACAAAGCACAGCGAUCAAUGUUUUAGAGCCACAAA